AUGUCUUCGUUGAAGCGCGCUGCAAAAUGUGGGCAACGAUUGCAUAGAGAGCGACCUCAACCUGAAUCGCGAGCUCACCUUGGACAUUUGGAAAGGAAAAAGGAUUAUAAGAAGCGUGCUAAUGAUUACAAUAGAAAGAAAGCAAAAUUGCUUAAGCUUCGUCAGAGAGCCUUGGAUCGAAAUCCUGAUGAAUUUCAUUUUCAUAUGAUCCGAAGCCGCAUAGCGAACGAUGGUUCACAUCGAGAAUUUAAUUCAGAAGCUGAUGAGGAUACUCUUUUACAGAAAAAAUUGGCUGAUUUAAAUAAUUUUAAAUAUGUGAAAUAUAAGUUAAAUAUCGAAAAUAAGGUGAAAAUUGAAAAGCUUAAAUCAAUUUUACACUUUGCUGAUAUGACAACAGCUAGUCAGAAUACGCAUACAAUAUUUGUUGAUGACGAUGAAAUUAAAAGUUUUGAUCCUGUUCAAUAUUUUGAUACUACGGAAGAAUUGAUUGAUCGAACUUUCAAUCGUCCUCGUUUAUCUGUCUUGAAAAAAGAAUUCGUUAAUGUAAAAUCACGUUGUGAAGUUGAGGAAGCUGAAAAAGAGCGAAAACUUUUAUAUAAAGAGCUAAUCAAGAGAAUGCAGCGCGCAAAAGAGUUGAAAAUUGUAAUUGAAAAACUAGAAACACGAAAAAAUAUUUCUGGUAAUUCUGGUCCACUUAAGCCAAAGAAGGUGUCACGUGGCGAGUUAAUGAAAGCACCAGUAUAUAAAUGGGUAUAUGAACGGAAGAAGUGA